AUGGACCACAUAAAGGGGCACGCGCACAACUGCCACGUUAACGCGCCGGACGGCACGGACAAGGCGUACCGUUUCACACCAACGGAGGGAUGGGACCGAUACUCCCGCCGCAUGAACGAGAAUCUCCACGUGUGUCGCAAGUGCAAGGUAGCGCCGCCAGUGUUGCGGCGGCGCGUGGCGGAGAGGGAGGAUGAGGAGAUUUAUAGGCAUGCGUUGGGGUCGUCUCCGAACCUAUAUUGUGGGGGUGCGGCGAUUUUCUGUCGAGCUGAAGUUGAAAAACUGUACUGGCUUGGUGUAAGGAACGAGAUUGAAAACAUCAUCGAGACCCUGAAGCGAUGGCGAGAGGUCGAUGGCUCUGCUCCAUCAAGCGUGACCACCUCGACUGCCAGAUGUCUGAACGGCUACGAAGGGUUCCUGGAGAAUGUCAGCCAGUGGUCGAGAGAGUCCGCGGAAAUGUAUCGCAAAGGAGUGGACGAAGUUGACCAGCUGAUCGAUGCGAGGGACCAAUACCCACUUAACUUGAACUCGUAUGACCGCUCAACUGCGUCUGUGCUCACGCAGAGGAAGAGUAAACUUAUGGCCUUCAAGAUGGGCAAGGAAAUCAGGGAGAAUCUCAAGCCUGUGCUUGUGUGGGGUUCCCAACAGGAUGCAUGGCUUCUGCUCAACGCCUCUGGCUUGCUGGAUAUCGACAAACUGAUCGAGCACCGCACCCCGACGCGGUCGACUACGAAAGGACCUUGCAUUCCCCAACUGGCGCUCGCCAAAUUCGACCGCGUGGGAAUGCCCCAGUUCAAGGUCCAGCGAUGUCUGCAGCCAGGCUGCGAUGCUCCCAUCGUCGCAUCAUACUUUACCUACACAGGCCCUGACAAGCCCAGCCUCGUCUGCGAAACCUGCUACCGGCUGCACCACCACGGCAGCGAAGGCUACACCAAAACCUACAAACACGUGCUGUGCAACGACGUCAUCACCGCGGAGGCCGCAAAGCGCAUAUGCCGCUGCGCCGACGUCAAGAAAUUCGACCGCCUCGGCAAGGGCGUGGCCCUCUAUCCCCACGACAAGACGCUGAACGAGUCGGAGGCGCGCGCCAAGUACGAUGGGCUCCUGAGCGUGUCGAGCGGGUCCAUCGUGUCCGGCGCUUCGGCGAGCAGGCUCGCCGACGUGGUGAGCAAGAUGACCAAGAGUUCCCCGGCGGCCAAUUCCGACGAGAAGGGGAGAGCCUCCCUAGCGAAAAAGUCGAAGCGACUUUCCUUGUUCUCUCGAAAAGCGCCGGCUGCGGAAAGCGACGACGCACUAGUGACCGAGGACAAGACACCGAAGGAACCUCGCGUAAUCACGGAUCCGGCCUCAGAUCCGUAUAUCCCGCCAUUCUUCCAACGAUUUGCAGACCCGAACGGGCUUGGACGCACACAAAUGUCGUUGCGUCUUGGGCCGGUGGUCUUUGAGAUCGGCGCGAGCAAUACAAGAGGCGGCGCUCUAGUCUCGCUGCGACAGCCGCCGGUAUUCCGUGACGAUGGUCCUCCGCACAACCCAUCGGAAACUCAACCCAGUCUGGCGGUGGAUGGGAAAGACAAGUCUGUAUGGCAGCAGAAGCGUUCUGUUGGGCCCCGGAAGAGAUACAAGGCCAUCCUGAAGCAAGUGGUGGGCUCUUGUUUCAACGAGUGCCCCAAGGAGGGUCCUGAAUACGAGAUCUCGAACAAGAUUGAGUUCGCUGCAGUUCCGUGGGGGCCCCCAGAAAGGGCGUUGAUAAAGAAGCAGAGAUCGACCGCAUCAUGGAAAUGCUCAAAGACCUCGUCAAAAGUCGAUUGGAUGUCUACAUAA